AUGGAGGAGAUGAGCUCUGAGGAUAAAAUGGAUGGAGCUGAGGCAAAGGAUGGCACUGACAGCCAGACCACAAAGAAGGAUGUGGAUGGCACAGCAAAGGAAGCAGCCUUUGUGAUGGGCAGCAGGAGUGCUCCACCAUGCAAGACCCCACUCAUCUGCUGUGCAGACGGCCUUGAUCAGGACACCUUUAAAAUUUGCAAGGAGCUUUUCAGACCCUUUAAGAAGUCCCUUCGACAACUGCAUUUGCCCCAGCACCUCCUCAGAAAGAAAAAACUGAAGUACCUGGUGGGAAGUUUGACCACAGUUGGAGGACGCAUUGAUCUCUUUGUCCAGAAGUACUGCAGAGCCUCAGAAGUCCAGCACUGGCAGCAGAUGCUCUGGCAGUUUGUCUCCCUCUUCUCAGAGAUGGAUGCAGAGCAGCUGCAGAAGCUGUAUGAGCACAUCAAGAACAACCAAAUGGAUAAAUUUCUGGAAUUACGCUUUCCUUCAGAAAAAUCUCAUUUGGUUCCAAGACUCAAAGAAGAGAAACUGGAGCAACUUUAUGCCAGCUGGGGUCUCAGCAGAGGAACAAGUGACCUGCAGAAACACUUAGGUAAGAGAAACAGUCAACACCAACACCCAGCAGGAAGAAUGACAGGAGAGGUACUUGCAUAA